CAGAUUACUCCACACCACCGCAUCUGCUGGAAAAGGAGGGAUAUGUGAGGAGGAACUGAGAGGCAGGACAGUCAUGAGCACCAGUCCUUUAGGAAUACCCCUCUGAGAAACAUCAUUUUCUACAAGAUUUUACUCAGGUAAUCCUCCUGGUAACCAAUGAUCCAGUUCAACUGCUCCUCUCCAGACUCCCUCUACGCAGCUGUGAAUGCAUCAUGGUGCUCCACCAAAGAGGAAGAAUGUCAAAACAGAACAAUGAACCAGUCAGACCUUUGUCUUAGCCGCAGCGCUUACCUGGAGGAGCACCUCGGCCCUAGACGUUCACCCUUCUUUCUGCCUAUGUGUGUCAUCUACCUGCUCAUCUUUCUAGUUGGCGUGCUGGGCAACAGUCUGACUUGUAUUGUCAUCGCCCGUCACCGUGUAAUGCGCACAACGACAAACUACUAUCUGUUCAGCUUGGCCAUUUCUGACCUCCUCGUGCUGUUGCUCGGUCUCCCUCUGGAGCUUUAUGAUCUCUGGAGCAACUAUCCUUUUCUGUUUGGCGUUGCUGGCUGCUACUUCAAAACCUGCCUGUUCGAGACUGUCUGCUUUGCCUCUGUGCUCAACGUGACCGCUUUGAGUGCAGAGCGCUACAGAGCAGUGGUGCAUCCUCUGCACGCCAAACAUGUGGCAACGCACGAUCAUGCCAAGCGUGUUAUCCUCGUGUUAUGGGCUGUCUCUCUGUUGUGUGCCUUGCCCAAUACCAGUCUGCAUGGCGUGCAGACGCUAAAGCCCCAUUUUGGACUCACUUUCCCUGAUUCGAGUGUGUGUACCAUGGUGCACGAUAGGUGGAUCUACAACACGCUGGUGCAAGUGACAGCACUGCUGUUCUUCAUAUUGCCAAUGUUGACUAUCAGUGUGCUGUAUGUGCUGAUCGGCCUGCAGCUGCAUCGGGAAAGGGAAUGUUUUGAUUCUAGGACUGGGAUCAAUCAGGGUGGGGUGAAUCAGAGGGCACGUCAUCGGCAAGUCACAAAAAUGCUCUGUGCAUUGGUGAUUGUGUUUGGAAUCUGCUGGGCCCCCUUUCACAUUGAUCGUGUCAUGUGGAGCUAUAUUGAAGACUGGACUGCAGAGAAACACCAUGUCUUUGAGUAUGUGCAUCUUGUUUCUGGUGUCUUCUUCUACUUGAGCUCAGUGGUCAAUCCCAUCCUGUAUAACAUCAUGUCUUCACGCUUCAGAGAAAUGUUCCGUGAGGUGGUGUGUCAAAAAGACCAUCGUCAGCUCUCAAUAAUUCCAAAAGAAGCCAAAGCAUCAAGUUUUGGUUGUCACCAAGCAACACAAAGACUGAAAGCCGGACUGGAACAACGUAUACGAGUGGAGCGGAGUGAGAUUGCCCAUUUCCCACUGAAAAACACUGAUACUCUGACUUUCAGUAAAACAGCUCCUGGCUCCAGGCAACUGUGCUCUGCUUUCGCUCAGCACUGCCACAUAGCCAGUCAAAUUUGAGGACUGGAAUGACAGAAUUUUAAGUUUCUAUAUGGAUAUAAAGGGUGUAAGCUAUGCCACAUUCAUUAAAAACGUUAAAAAACACGAUCUGGAAAAAAGACAGACUGUUGAAUUUACAUGAGCAAACGAGCAUAAGAAAUGUCUGGUAAGAGUUUUUAAUGUUUUUGAAAGAAGUCUCUUAUGCUCACCAAGGCUGCAUUUAUUUGAACAAAAAUGAAUUAUUUGUUGUGAAAUAUUGUUACAACUUAAAAUAAUUUUUUAUUAUUUUUGUGUACAUUUUUUCAAGGAUUCUUUGAUUAAUACAAAGUUCAAAACUACAACAUUUCUGUCAUGACAACUCUCAGAGUGUUUGGCAUUGUAAUGGAUAUGACCAUGUUGAUAUGUUUGGUCUUGGCGGAAUAGAUCUGCUACGCUGCUGCUGCUGUUAUUGCUGCUGCUGUUGGUUAUUGCUGCUGCACGGGACGUGCUACUGCCAAUACAUACAUGACACGCUGCUGUGAGCAAGACAUGCUGCUGCUGUACAAUAGAGCGUAUAUGAAUUACCCCCUGCAGAUCUAUACAGGUGGAGCUGGGGAAGGUGGAGGGUUUUAAGCAUGCUGCAACUGCUUCAGCAAAUGCUGACCAAGUAUUUGAAGGUUGGCUACUGAUACAGCAAGAACCAAUCAGCUGUGCCCUAUAGAGAAUGAUGUGAUUGCAAACAGAUUGAGUUAAGGACCUAUCAGCCUGUGCCAUCUAGAGUUUCAUGACAGAACUAUAUAUUUGAAAUAGAAAUCUUUUGCAACAUUAUAAAUGUCUUUACUGUCAUUUUUGAUCAUUUUAAUGCAUCCUUGUAAAAUAAUAAAUCGUGUCUUGUAAAAUACAGAAUAUGACGCAGAGUAUUAACAGCAAUAGUAAAUCUUUAAUGUUUCCAGUAACCAAGUAAGUUUGCCAUCAUUCUCGCCAAUAAAAAUCUACUUUACAUUGUAUUGGACUUUGGAAUGUAAUGAUCAUGGUAGAUUUUGUAUCAUUGUGGCCAUGUGAUGAGGUUAUAUAGAUCGUUUUUCAUUAUAUAGCCUAUAUGUUUAUAUUUCUUAUAGUAGUGUUCUACUAUUUCUGUUCUGUAGGAAUGUAGUAAAUACAGUGAAUGUGAAAUAUUCAAAAUAUAUUCUACUAAUGAAUGAUUUACUAAAAAUGAGCUAUAGAUUUAUUAAUAGCGACAGAUUGUUAUUUUUGAUUUCGCAGAUGUUUGUAUAGUGAAUUGUUGUAUGUGCAUGAGGUAAUGUGUCAAGGGUGGAAUGCUGAUAACUUAUUGGUCACCUUCACCUGUUUAUUUUUCACUCUUUAUCUAUAUGCUUCUACACAGAGCCCAAUACAUCAGCUGUCAAAUCCAAGGUAAAAAGUGCUUGUAUUUCAUUGAUUAUAUAUGGGGACUUUGACAAUUGCAUAAUAUGCUAAAUAUUGUUAGCUAAAUAUUCCAAAUAGCUAAAUGUAGAGGGCAAGAAUCAUUUGUCAUUAUAAUAGGUUGUUGUUUGUGUUUCUGUUUUUACAUGCUUUUUCAUAGUUGUUUUCAAUAUCAUUUGCCUUUUUAUUAAAUAAAUAUAAAUUCACUUGUAUUCCUGAGUAACAAUCUAUGUAUAUUUAAAUACUUUUUAAUAUUUAUUCAGACCUGUAAAUACUCGUUUCUAUUAAUUUCAGUUCAACUUAAUGUUGAAUUUUUGUCUGAAACACUUUCAAGGAAAUAUGGGUAACACUUUACAAUUUGUUAACAUUAGCUACAUUAGUUAACAUGAACUAACAAUGAAAAUACAGCAUUUGUUAAUCUUUGUUAAUGUUAAUCUCAAAAUUUACUAAUUACUAAGAUACAAAGCUGUAUUUAAUAAGUUAAUGUUGUGAACUUACGUGAACAUGAACAUUUUUAUUAACUAACAUCAACAAAAGUUCAUAAAUUCUGUAAGAAUAUACUCAUUUUUAGUUCGUGUUAGUUAAUGCAUUAACUAAUUUUAACUAAAAUGAGACCUUAUUGUAACAUGUUAAACAAAAUAUGUAUAAAGGAAAUAUCAGAACUUGCAUUUUAACUGCCUGCUCCAUUAAAAAGAACAGAAGUCA